AUGCUGGACGCACGGGCCGCUACGCGGCCUGCCGGCACGUCGGCGGCUCGCGGAGGCGGCGCUGCAGGCGCUUCUGCCGUCAGGAACCGAUCGGGCAUUGUCUUUCUUCUGCGCAGGAGGCUGCCCGGCUCUGAAGGCUUUUUAGCACUUCGACCAGCCGCAACGUGUCUUCUAGCAGCCUCUCUUCUGCUUUCGGCGAGUUCAAUCGUACCUCACCCGUCUUUCUCCAGUUUACUGUCACCGGCAGCCGGCAACUCUGUGUCUCAGCUCGCGAGCCACUCCGGAGCUCGAGAUGCUUACAUACUGCCAAAGGAGAGCUCCGAGAGGCGCGCUCCGGAGGAAUAUAGCAGUGAGGAGUUCCGUCAUGACGACUUCCUCGCUGGCUCCAGAGCGUCGCGCAAUGGCGCUGCUGCCGCUCAGCAUGGAGAAACUGACACCCUGAAGGAGAAUGACCUCUUGUCGAGGACGUCGAGUGGUGAUUCGCGAGGGAGUCCAAACGACGCGAGCUUACCUAAGCAUUUCGUCGGUUCCACAGUUUCCGCUGAGCUUGAGGUUGCGGCCGAGCUCGAGACUCGCGCACAAACUGAUGCGUACUCGCCUUUGCCCACAGGGGUGUUUCCGCUUGCGGAGCGGAACUCCAUCUCCGAGCUCGAGAUCCUGACUCGCGCUCAAGACUCCACUUCCUCCUCUUUCCCUCCUUCUUCGUCUGCUAUGCCUCUUGCCCCUGACUCGCCAACUGCAUCGGACGCUGACGCCAAGGAGGCUGAGGCGCGCGCGAAGAAACGCGAAGAAACGGAUGCGUUCCUUGAUGCGAUCCUCGAAGGGGCUGCCAGCCCGAGUUUGUGGCGAGAGCCGGCCUCGUCGCGAUCGCGUUCUCACCCUUCCGCUUCGUCGCCGGAUGGUGCAGUGGCGCUCGCACCGCCGUCGCUGGCAUCUGUGCUCGUGUCGGGGUUGUCUGAGCACCUCGCGUCCUCGUUUCCGCUGUUCAACUCUUCUCCAAUGUUCCUGGCUGAUGCGCGACGCGCCGUCGCGGACGAACCGUCCGCGAUUCCGUGCUUGCUCGGCCCUGGCGGGUUGUGCGCGAAGACGCCGACGCCCGCGGAGCUCCUCGGCUUGUUGAACGAAGGCACUGAGUGGAUUCUGACGCCCACGGCGACUGUGCUUCAGAGCAUCGGGCGCACGAUGGACAGGGUGUUUAGCGGCUUCGUGCUGCGCACCGCGCGGGCUCUGCCGAACUACCGGCGGAACGUGAUUAUCUCGUACCGCGACUUCAAGCCGUUCAUGCUGCUCGACAUGCUCGCGCAGCGAAACCGUUUCCUUCACCACUUGUCAUCGCUCUUCUCUUCGCUGCAGCCCAUUCGCUCGAUUUACCUGCGCAACCUCGGCAUGGAAAUCUUCGAGCUGCCCGACGUGCUUGGCCUUGGGGAGUUCACCAAAGCGGCGCUCGGCCUGCGGCAGUACGUCGACCAGAUCUUCGAAGACCAGGAAGUCACCGACUUUGACAGAGAAAAGUACGUGCGGAACGAUGAAGAACUUUUUGCGGGCGAAUACCGAGGCACGCCUUCCGCCGCAGAAUCCACCGGCGACCACACAACCAACGCCGCGGAGGCUCGGGGGCAAGCUGAGGAAGGAGGCAAACGGCCGCAAGGCGAGACCAGCGGGCGAGAGGAAGCCGGUGACGAGCCCGAGCAAGCAAGCGAGAGCGGAAACGCUUCUGCGGAGGAGGAUGAACAAAAAACAGCUGAACAGCUGUGUGCCGAGUACGUGCUGUCAACCAUCGAGAGUUCCGCUCAAGGCGAAACGGAAGAGAAAGCCUUCGAAGCAUGUCUGCAGGACGUGAAAGAAAAACUCAACGACAAGAAACCUCAGUCGCCCGCGGCGAGUCGGAGGCUUCAGGUCCUGCCGAACGAUCCCUUCACUUGGAAACAAUGGCCUUUCACCGAUAGCGGGUCCUCGCGCUGGGGCACCGAAGCGCCAAAGGCCUGGGAACUUUGGACGGGAGCAGAUAUGCGGGAGCGCCUCACCGUCGCGGUGAUCGACAGCGGCGUGGACUACAGACACCCCGACCUGCGAAAUAUGAUCUGGCACAACCAGGAGGAGAUCUGCAACAACGGGAUUGACGACGACCGAAACGGCCUCGUCGACGACUGUCUCGGCUGGGACUUUAUUCAUGGCGACAACGACCCUGAUGACGACAACGGCCACGGAACAGCGUCUGCAGGAAUCAUCGCGGCUGAGCCGAACAACCACAUCGGGAUGGCGGGCAUUUGCUGGGGCUGCAAAAUCAUGAUUUUGAAGGCGCUGAACAAAGACAUCAAAGGCACCGUGAGCAGUUUCGCGCGCGCGAUCGACUACGCCCUAGGCAAGGGCGUCAAGAUCUCCAACAACAGCUACGGCGGCAGAGGAAGUGGAUUUCACGGCCUCGAGCAAGCGGUGGAGAUAGCUCGAGCAGCCGGUAUGGUGUUCGUCGCCGCCGCAGGAAACUACAACGGAAACAACGACAACGACAAAGAUCCCGUGUUUCCGGCGUCAUACCCGCUGGAUAACAUCAUUUCGGUGGCUGCAAUUACGCGGGCGGGGAGUCUGGCGAGUUUUUCCAGCUAUGGCAAGACGCAGGUAGACAUCGCAGCGCCAGGCUCUCAAAUUACGUCAACGUCUUUGAAUGGAACUUAUCGCACUGUGGAGGGCACGAGUUUCGCAGUUCCAUUCGUCACAGGCGCGGUGGCGCUCGUCUGGUCGAGAUUCCCCUAUCUCCCGUACCGCGAAGUUAUCGACCGAAUUCUUCGAAAUGCGAAAUACAACGCUCAGUUGAAUGGUUACAUUGCGACGUCGGGAGUCCUCGACGUCUGGAAAGCUCUCACAGACGGGGCUGGCUCGCUGCCGCUCGGCGAGCCGCUCGCCCCUUUGCCGGCGCCGGGUGCAGUCGUCUCACAGUGCGCUGACCUGCGUUGCCAUCCACUCGCGACGUGCGUGGUUUCCUCGCCGUUUCAGCGCGCAUGUCACUGUCCGCAGGGAUACCAGGGAAACGGCUACGAGUGUCGAGACAUCGACGAGUGCGCCUUCAGCCCCUGCGGGCCUGCCUCGGUCUGCAGGAACCUUCCUGGUUCCUUCGAGUGCCGCUGCCGCGAAGGCUUCAAGCAAGUCAACGACACGUGCGUCGACAUCGACGAGUGCAGAGAGCCGUGGGCUGCGGGAAUGCUCGGACAAGCUUGUCCCGUUCAGGCGAUCUGCCAGAACUUCAGUGGCUCCUUCGACUGCGUGUGCCCGCCUGGGGCGGUAUGGAACGCGCAGUCCGGAUACAACGCGCAGUGCUUGACGCUGAACACGCCUCCAACGGGGCCGUGUGUGAACAACGGGGGCUGCGGCAUCAACGCGCUGUGCCAGACGUCGAGUUCAGUCCUGUACUACCAGCGCACGUGUGUGUGUUUAAACGGCUACGAGAAACUCAACGCGUCUUUCCAAGGAGGGCUGUUGGGCGACGGCCGAGACAUAUGCGUGCGGGAGGGGCUUCUGGAGUCCGAGAUUCGGCGCUAUCUCGCGAUCAUGCAGUCUUUUACGGCUCGCGAAGCAGCGGGCAAAAAGUCGAUCGAGGCUGUGUCCGGCCCUCCAAACGCAACUCCAGCAGAGGACGACGGAGGAGCUAAAGCCACUGGAACGGCCGCCGACAUUUUGACCGGUGGCUGGCUCUGGCCUCGCAGCCCAUCACCGCCUCCAUCGCCUCGCCCUACACCCGCGUCAAAUGCUCCUCUGUCUCCCUGCUUUCUCGGGAUUUGCCUCUUGGGAAGUGCCUCAGAUGCCAGCGCUUGA